AUGCUCGCCAAGUGUUCAAAACCGUACCAUCAAUAUCUCAUUGCCAAAGGGGGAGAAGGUGGAAGCGCUCGAUCAGCGUACAAGUAUGCCGAGCUAUUACCUUUGAUUUGUGAUGAACAGAUUUCGUAUAAUUUUUAGAGGAGAACAUGGUGAAUCGUUAGAGAUCGAAAUUCAUUUGAAGCUCUGCCCUAAUAUUGGUCUUCUCGGAUUCCCAAACGCUGGUAAAUCGGCAUUGCUGAAGGCUAUGGUGCCAGACAAGUCUAUCAAAAUCGGAGAGUAUCCAUUCACGACAACGAAUCCCCAAGUCGCGUUUUGGAGUAAUCCUUCUCAUGAUUCCGAGUUCAACAAAACAUUCACGCUAACCGUUGCGGAUCUGCCUGGAAUUAUUGAAGGAGCUUCGAGAAAUCGUGGUAAAGGUUACAAGUUCCUGAAGCACUUGGACAAUGCUGAUAUAAUUGUGAUGGUUGUGGACUGUCAAGGAUUCCAGUUGAAAAAUGAAAUAGAUUGUCCGAUCAGGUUCGUUUCGAUGCCAAAGACAGCUUUUAAGAUUGGUAUCUGCAGAAACCCGCUUCAAACUGUCGCAAUUCUGAAUCGAGAAAUCGAACAGUUCAACCCGAAACUAGCCAAGAAGCCAUUCGUGUGCGUGCUCAAUAAAACAGACACAUUAAGAGAAGAUGAACGCGAGGUGAUUCGUUUGCACACAUAGCAUCUAGAAACAUCCCAAUUUUUCAGACAGUCCGCUCAUUUGAAAGGCUUCUUUGUUCUGCAAUGUGGAUUGAUUCUAUUGAAGAGCACAUUCGGCCUAGAUUUCCCAUAGUUUUCGAUUACGUGAUAGCUCUAAGUGCUAGAAGUGGGAAAAUUGACAAAUUCAUAAAAGUAUUGGAUCAAAUGGAAAGGCAUCUACACCCAUUAAGUACUGUCAGUGACGAUCUUUAACUCGGAAUGUGUUGACGAACCGCGUAAAUGAUCAUUGUUAGUUUGUGAACGAAUUGUUUUCGUCUUAAUGAAAAUUUUAAUUGGACUUCUUUUUUAAAUUACUUAUCCGGUUUUCUCCAACUUUACUACAUUUGUUGCUUACUACUGAACGCGUGAAAUUAGUGGAGUCAUUGCAAAUUAAAAUAUUGGAAAUGUCCAGAUGUUAUACCCACAAUGCCCUUUGGUCAAUUGCUACUCAGAAACCGGCAAAAACAAUGACAAUGUGUGAGUUUUUAUUUUAUGGCUGACAUAAUGGACAUAAUGGUAACGGUGACGGUGAAUGGUGACAUAAUGGUAACUUUUAGUAGUAUUGGUUCUUGCCCUGAUGAAUGUUUUUCUCUGGACAUAGGACAAGCAAGCGAGGACCAAGAAGAUGAGAAGACCUUGUCAACAAAUGGAAAGCAUCGUAAAUUGGUAAUUAUUUAUUUUUUAGAUUCAGUAUCGCUAUUUAGUUAAUGUGCAAUAAAUUAUGUACUUUUAAAAUUCCUCUAGUCCCGCUGCUUGGAUCGAGCUAACGCGCGAAAUGGGGUUAGCCGCUUUUUGAUUCUACAUAUUAUAGGGGCACCGCACAGAAAUGGCGCUCUGUUGAGAAACUCCUUUUGCAGUGCAAAUUGAGCGACCUCGGGGCCGAGUUUGAAAAGUUAGGCCGCAUUCUCAGUGGAAAAUUACUUCGCGGCCUAGAAAUUCGGCCAGUUUGCGAACAGCGCGCCCUUUCUGUCCGGUGCCCCUAUAAUAGUAACAGUUCGAUAGUACACGUGUUCAUUAUUCCCGGGAAGAGUCAAAUUAAUAUUUAAAAAAAAGAUCCAUUUCCAGAAAUCAUGCAUUCACGAACGCACAGAAGAUACUGCGCCAUCUUGUCAAGCGUACGAACAUCUGUCGCAUUACCAGCAGGAUGUUUCAGAGUUACUCGAUCUGAUUUUUUCUCCGGUGUGCGUGUUUUUUUUUCCUUAAACUGAACUCAUCGAUGCCACAAAAUAAGAUAAAAGUAUUUUGAACAUAUGUUAGGCCAGCUUCUCGGAAGCGGGUAAUUGCCUUUCUUGCAUAUUUAUAGUUGACAAAGGCCCUUUGAAUAACUUCCUUCCGACUCUGAAGUUCAGAGUCAACCUUUUCAUUCAAGUUGGGAGUUCGAAAUGUAGAUAUCGAUGAUUUUUAUACAGAUAAGGCGGAAAAUUACGAUUUACAUAAUCAGUUUCUAGCUAAGUGUCGUGGAGUAGCCGGCAGUGAGUUACGGCCCCUAAUUAGAUUGCUAAUUUAUUAUAGGGGCACCGGAUAGAAAGGGCGCGCUGUUCGCAAACUAGCAGAAUUUCUAGGCCGCGAAGUAAUUUUCCACUGAAAACGUGGCCUAACUUUUCAAACUCGGCCCCGACGUCGCUCAAUUUGCACUGCAAAAAGAGUUUCUCAACAGAGCGCCAUUUCUGUGCGGUGCCCCUUUAAUACUGCGAUUAGAUUGAAAAUUCUUCUAGCUAUAUUUUCCUAUUAGACUGACAAAACAAAAUUUGUCUGAUUAGAUUGACAGAGAACUUAUAUUAGAUUCACAAUUCAUCUAUAUAAAUUCAUAAUUCAUCUAAUUAGAUUACCACUUUGACCGAAAGCGUUAAUCUAAUUACUCGGCAAAGGCGCGCCACUUUUGUGCAAACUUUAAGCGUCCUCGCAGCUUUUGCGCAAACUUUAAGCGUCCUCGCAGCUUUUGCGCAAACUUUAAGGCAUGUCGAAAUUGUUAUGGAAACUUUGCAUUUUCAGUACUGUUUGCUUUUUCCAGCUUGUUUUUAUGCGUUUUAUUUGUUCAACAUUUUUAAGCAGCAUUUGGGCAAACUUUUAAAACUGGCAGCUUUUGCGCAGACUUUACGCAGCUUUUGCGCAACUAGCCAGCAGAAGUUGCGCUGACUUUGCGCAAAAGCUGCGUAAAGUUUGCGCAAAAGUGGCGCGCUUUUGCCGAGUAGAUGAAUUGUGAACCUAAUAUCAGUUCUUUGUCAAUCUAAUCAGACAACUCUUGUUUUGUCAAUCUAAUUAGAAAAUUUAUCAGUUUAUUUAGAAGAAUUUGCAAUCUAAUCCCAGUAAAUUAGCAAUCUAAUUAGGGCCGGUUAUAAACGCGAAUUAUAUAUUAAUGUUGUGUCCGUAGGGACGACUCUUUGAGGAAGCUCGGACUUCUAUUUCACGUCAACACACAACAAUUAAUAACGAUUUCCCUGAGUUGGCAGCGGGGCGCCCCCUCGCCCCCGACCGGUUUUUCCAAAAGCGCUCAGGCAAAUCGUUUCUAAUCUAACUAGCUAAUUCUCGUUUCUAACCGGACCUAGUUAGAUUGCUACCGAUUUCUAAAUCUAGCUAGCUGAUUUUGCAAUCUAAACAUAAUCUAGCUAGGUUUGCCCGAAAUUUUAAUCUAAUUUGAUAAAUUUUGAAUGUAAUAUCAGUGUUUUGGAAUCUACAUAGGCAAAUCGUUUCUAAUCUAACUAGCUAAUUCUCGUUUCUAACCGGACCUAGUUAGAUUGCUACCGAUUUCUAAAUCUAGCUAGCUGAUUCUUUCUUGCAUACCCAUCUUGCCUUAUGGAACCGAGUGGCCAAAAUUUUUCCCGAAAGACUGUCUCCUGAGGCUUUUGCGACGCGCAUAGAAAAGAUUCCCUCUUGUAUAUUGCAUUCUACUUCACCUAUGGCUGUUGUCGGCCAGUGGUCAUUUUAGUCAUUAUUCCCUCCUCCACCCACUAUUUAUAUCUCCCUCUCUUCUGUAAAUUUUUUCUGGUGGUCGAAGCGAAUAAAUGAGUUAUUAUUUUGCAAUCUAAACAUAAUCUAGCUAGGUUUGCCCGAAAUUUGAAUCUAAUUAGAUAAAUUUUGAAUCUAAUAUCAGUGUUUUUGCAAUCUAAUUAGCUUCGCCAAUCUAAUUAUAAAAUUUAUCAGUCCAGUUAGAAGAAUUUGCAAUCUAAUCGCAGUAAAUUAGCAAUCUAAUUAGGUCCGGUUAGAAACGCGAAUUAGCUAGCUAGAUUACAAACGAUUUACCUGAGUAGGUGUCAUAUCAAUCUUAUUAGGCCGCCGUAUAACUCGAGUAGACUAAUGCCAGAGGUUCCGUUCGCCUCGGGAAUUUCGUUAUUAAUCUAACGGCGGCCUAAUAAGAUUGAUAUGACACCUAAUUAGAUUAAUAAAUUGUCUAGCUAGAUUAAUAAAUCUUCUAGCUAGAUUAAUAAGUGCUCAAAUCAAGUUUCACGCCAACCGUCUGCUGGCUCAAAUCUCGAUUGCGCCAAGAAAAAACAGUCGAAUCUAAUUAGGUCGCGUUUAGAUCAGUAACUUUCUAAUUAGAUUAAUAUCGAAUUGGGAGGUUUUCCGCGAUCUUUCUAUCUGCCUUUUUUUUCGCCAUUUAUCGACACACCAGUACAUUUUCAGGUCGACUCUGCGCCCGUGGGAAAAAGGGAACAUAUCAGAAAUGACACGGUCUCUCAAAAAACUACGGAAAGGGCAAGCACAGUGUUCUCCGUUGCUUUCGGACUUUUCGGAUCACGUGAGGGAACAGUCCGCACGACUGAAAAUAUCUGAAAACCAUCUAGAAUUAA